CCCAUUUCAGAGCGGAGUUAAGCGCUGUGGCUCUUUCACUGACCGGGGCGGGAUAGAUUUUUUAUUUUUCCUGGCUUUGGACGGAUCCUGGGAUGUGUUUUAUUUUCUCUUUCCCGAAUCUUGUGUUGUUAGAGAUCUAGCUAACCUCGGGAUCCCUCCCCACCCCCAACUCCCAAGAAAGGCAGGGCGGGGUGUAAGGGGGCUGGGCGUCAGCGCGCCUGGCUAGCUCCAACUACAGUCCCACUUCUGAUAACCUUUAAAGAAGAAACGUUGGGAGCACUUGGCAGUCCCUUGGGGAAAGGGCGGGGGCGCCAACGUCCCGGCCGGUCCCCACAGGGGACUUUUUCCCAUGUUGCAAGCAGAGCAUACUUGGGAGGAUGCGUGUCCCGCUUCAGCGGGAAGGCAGGUGACUCUCUCUCCCUCUCCCUCUCUCCUUCUUUCUCUCUCUAUCUCGCUCUUUCUCUCGCCCAGGGGGGAGAGGUCAGAGCUGUGAGUUCCCACGAAACCGCCAGGCGGCUGGGCUUAGAGGCGGGCCCCAUUUAAAUUGCAGGGCGCGCGGGGGAGGUGUUUCAGAGCAGGUGCUCCGGGGCGCCAGAAGCAGUAGCAGCAGCAGCCCCAGCAGCCGCUCCCCCAUUGCCCAGGCAUCCCCCCGCACGAGAGGAGCCCCCCAAAGCCCUUCCACCGAGAGAUCGCCCCUAAGAAAGCCCAGCGAAGACCGGGAGAGCUCGCGCAGCGGCAGCCCCUCGGAGCUCUUUCCAUUCCCACCGCUUUCUUUCAGCCAGCGGCCCGACGGGGAGGGAGCCCGCGGCUGCGGGGCAGGAGUCUAGAGCCCGGGAGCGAGCUAGGCAGGGAGUGGGCGCCGGGAGGCCGGCUGGCCGCCAGAAUGGCCAACGCGGGACUGCAGUUGCUGGGCUUCAUCCUGGCCUUCCUGGGCUGGAUCGGGACCAUAGUGAGCACCGCCUUGCCCCAGUGGAAGAUCUCCUCGUACGCGGGGGACAACAUCGUGACGGCACAGGCCAUCUACGAGGGUCUCUGGAUGUCAUGCGUGUCCCAGAGCACAGGACAGAUCCAGUGCAAGGUGUUCGACUCGCUGCUGAACUUGAACAGUACCCUUCAGGCUACUCGAGCCUUGAUGGUCAUUGGAAUCAUCGUGGGGCUGAUCGCCAUCUUUGUGGCAACGGUGGGCAUGAAAUGUAUGAAGUGUAUGGAAGAUGACGAGGUGCAGAAGAUGCGGAUGGCUGUCUUUGGGGGCAUCAUCUUCCUUGUGGCAGGCCUGGCUGUAUUGGUUGCCACAGCAUGGUAUGGAAAUAGAGUUGCUCGAGAGUUCUAUGACCCCAUGACCCCUGUCAAUUCUAGGUAUGAGUUUGGACAGGCUCUCUUCAUAGGCUGGGCCUCGGCUUCUCUGUGCCUGCUGGGAGGUGCACUCCUUUGCUGCUCCUGUCCCAAGAAAACAACCUCUUACCCAACUCCUCGCCCAUACCCGAAGACCACACCCUCCAGUGGAAAAGACUAUGUGUAACAGAAAGAAAGAGGACACAGCCACUCGGGAAAAAAACAAAACAAGGACUUAGAGAAUGUUUUUCUUUUGGUUUUUUUUUCAUUUUUUUUAAAUCAUGAGGCACUCAGACCUUCUGACUAUGAUAUUCUACAUUUUUGUAUUAAAAUGCAUUUUUUUUGGUAAUUUCCAUACCUUCUUUCAUAUCCUGCCCCUAAUAAGAAAUCUUGCAUUGUGAUCCUUUACUCCAUGUAAUCCUGGAGCUUUGGUGUUUCUCCAUUGGCUGCCUACCCAGGGGAGGCAAACCUAAAGGGAAAACUAGUUCAUUUUGUAAAAAAAAAUAAAAUCCAUUAAAAUGACAAAAACUAAAACCUUGUAGGUGAUAGGCCCUAAUCUCACUCUCAUGUUUCCUUUUUAAACAAAACAGGAAGAUUCAAAACCAGACUCUCAUACUUCCUAGCUGUGUCUUCACCUCAUCUGUAAGAUUGGGCUUGGGCAAGACCACUUCCGAGUCCCCUGUGUAUGAUCCCCAUAAUGUAUUUUCAAGUUUUUUGGGAUAUUUAAUCCUACAGUAACAGCCCGGAUGAGCUUGACUUGGUACGCUGAGUAUAUUAGGUGUGUGACUGUUUUGUUUUAGUAUUUUGGUUUGUGCCACAAUCAGCCAAUCAUAAAGGGAUUUGAUGGAAAAGAGAGAAUAGGGGGGCCUGAAUCAUUCCAACAAAUAUCUCUUUCUUCACCAGUCACUUGGGUUUCCUUAACCCAAUCAAUCACCUGUCUAGUCUCCCAGGCCACAGGGGUUACUCUAAAUGCUCAAUCUGAACCCUCAGACCUUGACCUUGGGGGAGGAGCAUAUGCUACCUUAUUGUUGCUUUGUUCCAUGUUUCAGCCCAGUUAUCCUUGGAGACAUUUUGUUCUAUCUUGGUUCUCUUGCUGUGGAUAUUUCAGCUCAUUUCAUGCUCUCAGCUUUUCCACCCCCAAUCUGGGAUGUUCUGAGGAAAAAAAGAGGAAAAGAAAAAAGAAAAAAAAACAUUUUUUGAGA